AGGAAACAGAGUUGUGAUGUGGCUAACAUGGGAUAAACCAGAAAUGGAUGUGCAAGUAUUUUCUGUUAAAACCAUCGUUUUGCUGUUUAAAAGCAUUAUUUGAAGAAUGAAAGGCUUCGGGUAUCAUCUUGCAAUUUGUCUUUUAUUGACGUGGCCAAAUUCGUGCGUGACAGAACGAGUUGAGAGACAAACAUCGUUAUUAGAUUUGCACGAGAGAGACGAUGUUGGAUUGGAACAGGAUCAUACAAUUAUUCCCGAUGACAAAAAAAUAUCACCGAGAAACGAAGGAAAUAUACCUGCUGCCAACCCGCAACAAGACGGCCACGCAGAGCAAUCAAUCAGGUGUGAUUAUAGCUACCUUUGCUUUUGAAUGCGUUGCCCUAGACUGCAACGGGUGAAACAGCUGUCGUUAUUCGUGGAUGGCGUUUGUAGAGCAAGGGUAACGUUAGGGGAGCUGACUAAACUCCACUUCAUGGUGAAGGAAGUUAAAGUUAAUCAGAAACUCCCUUCACCAUGGAGUGGAGUUUAGUCAGCUACGGUAGUGUUUGGUAGGCCUAGGUGACCCAUUGCAUACGGUCGGUAGCCUACCUAAAAUGAAGUCUUGUACGCUUCCUCCCCAAGCCUGGGGACGAGGUUACCUAAAAUGUAAUGUCAGUAACGAUACUCCUUUACAUUGAGACAGCCUUAUGACACAGAAUAACAACACACACUGACAAAUUACUCUCAAAUGACACCGAUAUAUGCAGGCUAGAGCAGAGUGCACUACACCUGACCAGAGCCAGGUGCAGUUUUGUUUUGACCGUAGUGUGUAGUAGCGUAUUUGCAUCUGACAGUGCACUAGCCUACUUCUGAACAAUGUGCCCACUAUGGGAUAGCAUAGGAUGUCUCAAAAGGACACACACAAAAAAGAUAACUCUUCUUCUGUCUCCUUGUUCCAGCCUGUUAAACGACACAGAUAACUACAGUAAUGGCACCCUCCACGCUACCACUGUGGGUGUCAAGGCAACCCCUAAGCCAACCCCUAAACCCAUCCUGCCUGGUGCUGGGGUCAAGGCCCAGGAGGAGGAACAGUCCAGCGGGAUGACCAUAUUCUUCAGCCUACUGGUCAUCGGUCAGUAGUGUCUGUCCAUCUUCUUCAGAAUUUUUUUUUUGUGACUGUCUGCCUCCCUCUCUUUUCCUCUAAUGGUGACCAAAGCUCCUAUGGAUUUUUAAUCCUUUGUUUUUUAGAUCGAGAAGAAAGUACUAAAUUGUAUAUCCUAUAUUAUGUGUUCAUGGCCAUUUAUCCAUACCCCAUUGCUGCAACACUUAAACACUACCACUCCCUCCAAUUAGGGUGAUUCCUCACGAAACUAUAACAUAAAAUAAAUACACUUUUUUUGGAUUUUCACUACAUUUAAUCCAUAGGUGGGUCCUUUGCAGGAAGGAUUAUUGACAUACACUACUGUUCAAAAGUUUGGGGUCACUUAGAAAUGUCCUUGUUUUCCAUGAAAACAUACAUGAAAUGACUUUGAAUAGGAAAUGUAGUCAUUGACAAGGUUAGAAAUUAUGAUUUUUAUUAUAAAUAAUAAUUGUGUCCUUCAAACUUUGCUUUUGUCAAAUAAUCCUCCAUCUGCAGCAAUUACAGCCUUGCAGACCUUUGGCAUUCUAGUUGUCAAUUUCUUGAGGUAAUCUGAAGAGAUUUCACCCCAUGCUUCCUGAAGCACCUCCCACAAAUUGGAUUGGCUUGAUGGGCACUUCUUACGUACCAUACGGUCAAGCUGCUCCAACAACAGCUCAAUAGGGUUGAGAUCUUCAGUUUCUUGGCAAUUUCUCGCAUGGAAUAGCCUUCAUUUCUCAGAACAAGAAUAGACUGACAAGUUUCAGAAGAAGGUUAUUUGUUUCUGGCCAUUUUGAUCCUGUAAUCGAACCCACAAUUGCUGAUGUUCCAGAUACUCAACUAGUCUCAAGAAGGCCAGUUUUAUUGCUUCUUUAAUCAGCACAACAGUUUUCAUCUGUGCUAACAUAAUUGUAAAAAUGAUAAACUUGGAUUAGCAAACAUAACGUGUCAUUGGAACACAGGACUGAUGGUUGCUGAUAAUGGGCCUCUGUACGCCUAUGUAGAUAUUCCAUAAAAAAUCAGCCGUUUCCAGCUACAAUAGCCAUUUACAACAUUAACAAUGUCUACACUGUAUUUCUGAUCAAUUUGAUGUCAUUUUAAUGGACAAAAAAAAUAGCUUUUCUUUCGAAAACAAGGACAUUUCUAAGUGACCCCAAACCUUUGAAUGGUAGUGUAUAUUUGACAUUUGUAGCUUAUGAAAAACAGAAAGAAAAAUGCUGCUCAUGCUCCCAGGUGAUAUUUAUUUAUAACCACGUUUCGACCCUUAGGUCUUCUUUAGGUAUCCAUAUCCCAGGUGAGGGUGGAAGGUCCUAUAUAUAGGGGCAGUACUCAGUGACAUCACUUCCUGAAACAGGAGGUAAAAAAUUGUAGCUUAAAGCAUAAUUGAAGUGGGAACAUAAUGCUCUAUGGAUUAAAUUAUGUGAAAAUCCAUAAAUCAUGGUCAUUUUGUUCUAGUUUCAUGAGGAAUCACCCAUUUAGUAGUGUUUUGGAGGAAGCAAGGAAUGGAUGACGGGGAUGGAUGUGGCUUCACUUCAGACAAUCUAGAGAGGAUGCACUCAGUCCCUGGAGAUGUUCUGCCUCUUAGGAAUUUAAUUCCUCUGCAUUAGUAUCGAUUAGUGCAGCCUCCAGGGUUAGAUGAUGUGUUCUAAAUCAGAUGACUAGUGUUUCCCAAAUGGUGGGUCAGUCAGAGGUUGUGGCUGAAUCAUUUUGUUGUGGUUUAGGACUGGAUCCUGGACUGGUUCCUAGACUAGAUAUAGUAUAUUUGUUGUGUUUAGUCAGUGGGUCACACGUACAUAAAGGUUUAGUUGGAUGGGAGCAGAGCACAAUAAAAUAUAAAGUCCAUAGAAUUAAUUCAACAAAACCAAAACAAUUGUACUGUAUAGUAUAUGAGGCUCUGUCAGGAAAGCUAGCCUACAUAAUGCUUAACACUUCCAUGAGCUGCCAAUUCAUCUUUAGUGAAAGUCAUCCUUUAAGUGAGGGGUUUAAAUGUGUUGAGUGCUUCCUUAUUCCUAAAUAAUCGUUAGCCUAUUGGCUACACUACAGCUUUCAGGAAAUGACUCAAGACCCACAAUCAUUAGUCUAGCUCAUUAGUAAAAGGGAAAACCAAAGUGUUUGGUCCACAGAUUGAUGCAAGCCAUCUACCCUGACGGUUUUCAACUUUAUUUUCACGACACACAAAUGGAAGUAGUGUUGAUCAGCAUAAUUCAGCACUUUGGGAGAUAAGAGGUUAGACAUUUGAUGCUGUGAAUAAAUAGGAUACACCACAAGGCCACACUGUCUCUGUUCAGCAAGGAUGCUGUACACCCACAGAACAUAGCAAGUGAUUCAAAUGAAAUGUUCUUUCUCCAACCAAUUAAUGUUUAUUUGAGACUGUCCUGGAUGUGAGCUAACCUCUGUAACACUUUAUUUGGAUAGUCCAUCUGUAGAUGCUCUACAGACCAUCAGUAACAUUUCAACUAUCUGCUAACCCUAGCGCUAACCUUAACCCUUAUCCUAACCUUAAACCUAACCCUAAACUCAACACUUACCCUAACCCUUAUUCUAAACCUAACCUUAGCAAGCAGUUGCUUAUCAGCAGAUAGUUUGUUGAUAAUAUCACAAUUUGUGGAGCAUCUACAGAUGGAAUAUCCGGACUACCCAAAUAGUGUGACCCUAACCUCUCCUUUCUGUGACCUUUGAUCCUUCAUGUCGCAUGAUGUUGAUGAUGUCAUGUCCUAGAUUUUCCCCUAUAUUUAUCUAUACUGUCAUAGUGUGUGUGUGGAUACAGUCAGUGUGGAAAAGAGAAGAAAAGAGUGUACGGUUCCAUAUAGACACAUUACUUAGUUAUCUGUAAUGUUACCUUGGCCUGUAUCAUACAGAAGAACCUUCUUACACAAACGUUUUGAAAUUAAUAAAAGAACACUGACACAUUGACCUCUACUUUAUUAGACACUAUUUGCAUGUUAGACUAAUCUGCAAUAUUCUACUUUGUCUAUGUUGGCCUAAGCACAUGGAUUGGUUCCAUUUAAGUCAAAUUGUGAAAUUAAGCUGUAAUAACAUAAUUGCAUUCCUCAUCCUCAGCAUUUUUGGUUUUCUUGAGGAAGUCACAUUGUCUCAAAUACUGUAUUUUGUCUAUUAAAGUGUGAUCUUAACUAUGUUUCAUUCCCACAUUGACACUGUCCCAUUGUAUCGUUUUUCUCAGGUAUCUGCAUCAUAUUGGUGCACCUGCUUAUUAAGUUCAAACUGCACUUCCUACCGGAGAGUGUGGCUGUUGUAUCCUUAGGUAAGUACCAUGUGUGAUGUGCAAUGUAUGUUGUACUCCUUUAGGUUCAUACUGUUUGAGCACUUAUUGGGUCUAAAUGUUAUUCUACAUCAUUGACUUGCAUUGGCUUGUUUUGCGAGACAUAUCAGUAUAGACAAGUUAAUUAAACUUACUUUUCAAAACUGCUUGAUUUUCUUAUCUAUUUUUUCUUGUCUUACUAUUUUAUUUUAUUCAUUUAUUACACCAUUAUUUCUGUCUUACAAACCCUAUUGGGUUGGACUGUUAUUUCAGCACAUCCACACUCUCUCUCUGUGGAGGUAGAGUAUGUCAUAUCUCCAUUUAGAUCUUUGCAAGGUCACGGCGUCGGCAACAGAAAUAGCCUCGCAGGUUCACACAGUCAUAGUAGAAUACAGUUGAAGUCGGAAGUUUACAUACACCUUAGCCAAAUACAUUUAAACUCAGUUUUUCACAAUUCCUGACAUUUAAUCCUAGUAAAAAGUCCCUGUCUUAGCUCAGUUAGGAUCACCACUUUAUUUUAAGAAUGUGAAAUGUCAGAAUAAUAGUAGAGAGAAUGAUUUAUUUCAGCUUUUAUUUAUUUCAUCACAUUCCCAGUGGGUCAAAGUUUACAUACACUCAAUUAGUAUUUGGUAGCAUUGCCUUUAAAUUGUUUAACUUGGGUCAAACGUUUCGGGUAGCCUUCCACAAGCUUCCCACAAUAAGUUGGGUGAAUUUUGGCCCAUUCCUCCUGACAGAGCUGGUGUAACUGAGUCAGGUUUGUAGGCCUCCUUGGUCGCACACACCUUUUCAGUUCUGCGUGUUUCAGGGCUUUGUGAUGGCCACUCCAAUACCUUGACUUUGAUGUCCUUAAGCCAUUUUGCCACAACUUUGGAAGUAUGCUUGGGGUCGUUGUCAAUUUGGAAGACCCAUUUGUGACCAAGCUUUAACUUCCUGACUGAUGUCUUGAGAUGUUGCUUCAAUAUAUCCACAUAAUUUUCCUUCCUCAUGAUGCCAUCUAUUUUGUGAAGUGCACCAGUCCCUCCUGCAGCAAAGCACCCCCACAGCAUGAUGCUGCCACCCCUGUGCUUCACGGUUGGGAUGGUGUUCUUCGGCUUGCAAGCAACCCCCUUUCUCCUCUAAACAUAACAAUGGUCAUUAUGGCCAAACAGCUCUAUUUUUGUUUCAUCAGACCAGAGGACAUUUCUCCAAAAAGUACGAUAUUUUUCCCCAUGUGCAGUUGCAAACCGUAGUUUGGCUUUUUUAUGGUGGUUUUGGAGCAGUGGCUUCUUCCUUGCUGAGCGGCCUUUCAGGUUAUGUCGAUAUAGGACUCGUUUUACUGUGGAUAUAGAUACUUUUGUACCUGUUUCCUCCAGCAUCUUCACAAGGUCCUUUACUGUUGUUCUGGGAUUGAUUUGCACUUUUUGCACCAAAGUACGUUCAUCUCUAGACAGAACGCAUCUCCUUCCUGAGCGGUAUGACGGCUGUGUGGUCCCAUGGUGUUUAUACUUGCGUACUGUUGUUUGUACUGAUGAAUGUGGUACCUUCAGGCGUUUGGAAAUUGCUCCCAAGGAUGAACCAGACUUGUGGAGGUCUACAAAUUUUUUUCUGAGGUCUUGGCUGAUUUCUUUUGAUUUUCCUAUGAUGUCAAGCAAAGAGGCACUGAGUUUGAAGGUAGGCCUUGAAAUACAUCCACAGGUACACCUCCAAUUGACUCAAAUGAUGUAAAUUAGCCUAUCAGAAGCUAUUAAAGCCAUGACAUCAUUUUCUGGAAUUUUCCAAGCUGUUUAAAGGCACAGUCAACUUAGUGUAUGUAAACUUCUGACCCACUGGAAUUGUGAUACAGUGAAUUAUAAGUGAAAUAAUCUGUCUGUAAACAAUUGUUGGAAAAAUUACUUGUGUCAUGCACAAAGUAGAUGUCCUAACCGACUUGCCAAAACUAUAGUUUGUUAACAAGACAUUUGUGGAGUGGUUGAAAAACGAUUUUUAAUGACUCCAACCUAAGUGUAUGUAAACUUCCGACUUCAACUGUAGAUGCUUGUGUAAGAUAUUACACCGAGAGAACACACCUAAAUGGAGAAGAUGGUAAACUGUGUCUUGUUGUGAGGUAAUUUCCCAGAUUGAAGUUUUUCUGGAGAAAUAGUGUUGUCUAAUGCCUGUUCUCACGCACACACCGCACACACCCCCCACACACACACACACACACACACACAAACUAAGCCCUUUCCUCAACCCUGUGCCUAAGGGUACUUCCUCAAAUACACUUUAUUAGACAAUAUCUUUCUUAUUCUUUAAAAUAUAAUACAUUGAUAGCUUACUUGGUAUUAACAUCCACACACUGAUGCUCUUUAGGAGUUUGUAUUUCCAUUUCAUGGAAAUGUGGCCUUUUCUUAGCUUUGAUGAGAAUGUGAGACCUUUAAAACUGAGUGUUUUGUUAAUGGGUUCGUGAACUCUUAAUGAUAUCUUGUGGUGGUCUUUCUCUUCCAGGGAUCCUGAUGGGAGGCUUCAUAAAGAUCAUUGAGUUUCAUGAGCUAGCUAAUUGGAAGGUACACUACACACUUUCUUUGCUCUAAAUGUUUAAUUCCUGCAUGUUGAAUGGAGAGCCUCCCUUAAAAGUGCCUUUUAUUCUAGGAGUAGACUGAUAAACAUGCACAUAUUUUGUGGAUGAGUAGAGAUGUCAUUUUGUUUUGACAACUUUCUUACUGUCUAUCGGAGUCUGUGUCUGCCCCAGGUCCCCAGUGCCUGUGAUUCAUGCUACAAGACAGGUCGUGGGAGACAAUUCUCGCGAAUGGAUUUAGAAUAUUGAUAAAUGGCAGUUGGGACGUCGAGUGCGCAUCGUCUCAAUGCUCAUUUUGGCCAAAACACUUGCGGACUCGCAAGUGGCCAAUCGAUAAGGGCUUAGUGGCCAAGUGUUCGGUUUGAGAUUCAGCCUUAGUCUGGCCCGUGCCACACAUUAUCAUACUCUCCUUAAAAACUAAACAUUUCAUACACACUUACAGAUAUGCUACUUCUACUGUGUUCUGCCCUGCACAGUCGGCAUCCAGAGGUUUACGGCAGAAAUACAUUGCAUCCCAAAAGCUAUACAAGCCAAGCCCCUCAAUUUGUGUAACCCAAUCUGGAGCCAACAUAAACGUUUCCAUGUCUGAUACACACACGGUCUUCAUGUUGUUUACUGUGUGAUGGUGACUGAACCUAUCUAAGGGUUAUUUCAUGAGUCUCUCACACUCCUACUCUUCCUCUUUUUUAUUCUCCUCCCCUUUCUCUGUCUGCCCUCUCUCGCUCCCUGGCCCCUCUUUUUUGUUCUUCCAGCUCAUCUGUGUCCCUCUGUUCUGUCUUUCCUCUUGUAUUCAUACAGCCUCUCCCUCCCAUUCUCUCUCUUUUUCUUUGAGACAAUCUCUCUUCCUCUAGUUCUCACGAGAGAGUUUUUUUUUCUGGGAACACAGGGGUCAUUGUUCCAGAACCCGGGAGCCCCAGGGUGUUGCUGAGCCAUCAGUUCCAGUAACCAGAGCCCCUCCCCCCUUACCCCACUCCAUGUGGCCCCUGGUCCUCCAGAGCUGACUUUUUGCAUGGAUUGGGGCAUUGGAUGGCCGGACAGGGUUCUUUGGGAUGCCGUCUCUCUCUCACUUACUGUAGUUGUGAUCCAUGGGUACUGGUUCUAAUCCCCAUAUCUACAGUGCUAACCUCACACUGAGCUGUUUUUUUGGCGCUACCCCCAGGACCAUGCUGCUAACUGCCAAGGCCAUACUCUACCAACCCCUUUGGCAAUGACAGCUUGUCUUCCCUGGCUCUGCUCUCAUCCUUUUCCAUUCAUCCCUCCAUCUAUGUCCUCCACUCCCCAUCAUGUCUACUUUUCCCUUAUGUGUUUCCCUCCUGUUGUCCUUUCACUCGCUCCCUCCCUCCAUCUCCCAUUUCUCCUUCUCCUCCUGUGUCGUUUCUUUGCCGCCAGUUCUUUUUUUACCCCAUCCUCUCCUCCUCCACUCCAACAUGUUAAGUCUUUCUUUUCCCUUAUGUGCUUCCCUCCUCUCCUCCUUUCUCUCCAUCCAUCCAUCUCCCCUCUUCAGCAUGUGUAGUUUCAGUUCCCUUUGUUCUUCCCUGGCAGUCCUCCUGUCAUCCUUCUCCAUUUCCCCCAUGUCCACUGACACAGAUAAUGAACCAGUUUUAGGCAUGGAUUCUUGCUGGGUGCACUAGUGCUAAUACAAGUGAUGUAGUAAACCUCACACAAGGUAAUGGAUCAUUGAUUGGGUUUAUAUAGUCCUAGCACUUUCCCAAUGCAUCAAGUAAAAAAAAAAAACGCACACUGAUGCACGUUGCAGAUAGUACAGUCGUGGUCAAAAGUUUUGAGAAUGACACAAGUAUUGGUCUUCACAAAGUUCAGAUGCAGUGUUAUGAUAUAUUUUUGUCAGAUGUUACUAUGGUAUACUGAAGUAUAAUUACAAGCAUUCCAUAAGUGUCAACGGCUUUUAUUGACAAUUACAUUAAGUUUAUGCAAAGAGUCAAUAUUUGCAGUCUUGACCCUUCUUUUUCAAGACCUCUGCAAUCCGCCCUGGCAUGCUGUCAAUUAACUUCUGGGCCACAUCCUGACUGAUGGCAGCCCAUUCUUGCAUAAUCAAUUCUUGGAGUUUGUCAGAAUUUGUGGGUUUUUGUUUGUCCACCCGCCUCUUGAGGAUCGACCACAAGUUCUCAAUGCGAUUAAGGUCUGGGGAGUGUCCUGGCCAUGGACCCAAAAUGUCGAUGUUUUGUUCCCCGAGCCACUUAGUUAUCACUUUUGCCUUAUGGCAAGGUGCUCCAUCAUGCUGGAAAAGGCAUUGGUCGUCACCAAACUGUUAUUGGAUGGUUGAGAGAAGUUGCUCUCGGAGGAUGUGUUGGUACCAUUCUUUAAUCAUGGCUGUGUUCUUAGGCAAAAUUGUGAGUGAGCCCACUCUCUUGGCUGAGAAGCAACCCCACACAUGAAUGGUCUCAGGAUGCUUUACUGUUGGCAUGACACAGGACUGAUGGUAGCGCUCACCUUGUCUUCCCCGGACAAGCUUUUUUCCGGAUGCCCCAAACAAUCGGAAAGGGGAUUCAUCAGAGAAAAUGACUUUACCCCAGUCCUUAGCAGUCCAAUCCCUGUACCUUUUGCAGAAUAUCAGUCUGUCCCUAAUGUUUUUCCUGGAGAGAAGUGGCUUCUUUGCUGCCCUUCUUGACACCAGGCCAUCCUCCAAAAGUCUUCGCCUCACUGUGCGUGCAGAUGGACUCACACCUGCCUGCUGCCAUUCCUGAGCAAGCUCUGCACUGGUGGUGCCCCAAUCCAGCUGAAUCAACUUUAGGAGAUGGUCCUGGCGCUUGCUGGACUUUCUUGGGCGCCCUGACGCCGCCUUCACAACAAUUGAACCUCUCUCCUUGAAGUUCUUGAUGAUCCGAUAAAUGGUUGAUUUAGGUGCAAUCUUACUAGCAGCAAUAUCCUUGCCUGUGAAGCACUUUUUAUGCAAAGCAAUGAUGACGGCACGUGUUUCCUUGCAGGUAACCAUGGUUAACAGAGGAAGAACAAUGAUUUCAAGCACCACCCUCCUUUUUAAAGCUUCCAGUCUGUUAUUCUAACUCAAUCAGCAUGACAGAGUGAUCUCCAGCCUUGCCCUUGUCAACACUCUCACCUGUGUUAACGAGAGAAUCACUGACAUGAUGGCAGCUGGUCCUUUUGUGGCAGGGCUGAAAUGCAGUGGAAAUGUUUUUUUGGAAUUAAGUUCAUUUUCAUGGCAAAGAGGGACUUUGCAAUUCAUCUGAUCACUGUUCAUGACAUUCUGGAGUAUAUGCAAAUUGCCAUCAUUCUCAAAACUUUUCACCACGACUGUAGAUUGAGAGAAAAGGUAAAACAAUUUCCCAUCUUAGUUUCUAUUUUCUCUGGGUAUCCUGUUAAUGGCUGUUGUCCUUAUUCUCCUUCUAUGGCUUCAAUACCUCAGGAAUACAGCAAUGUACAAUUAUCCCAAACUGUUGAGAAAGAGAGAGGGGGAGGGGUGUGUGUGUGGGCUGCCCAUACAAGCAAGUCAGUGUGUAUGUGUGUGUGCUGAUUCAUCCCCGUGUAUUCCUACAUGUGCUAGUUAAACAUGUGCAUGCAUUCCGACCUGCAUGUCAACCUACGACUCUGUCAGUGUUAAUGCUAGUCUGCAUGUCAACAUACUACUCUGUCAGUGUUAAUGCUAGCCUGCAUGUCAACAUACGACUCUGUCAGUGUUAAUGCUAGCCUGCAUGUCAACAUACGACUCUGUCAGUGUUAAUGCUAGCCUGCAAGUCAACCUACGACUCUCAGUGUUAAUGCUAGCCUGCAUGUCUGCGUUCUGCUCUCCAGUUCAUGAAUAUGGUUGAGAUUGACCUUUCACCUUCUGCUGCUGGCUGUUUGCUUUAUGGAGCAGGUAGGCCUAGUCACUGUGUUGCCCCGAACAACUGAUGCAGGGUCAGAUAUAUAUUUUUAUCCUCUAAUGCUAAAGGUUAGGACUGUGGGUAUGGUAAUCUGUUCCUAGAUCUGUGGUUAAGGGCAAGCAUAUGCUGCUUUAUCGGAGUAGAAUGCCAACUGACUACCUGAAAGUACUUACGUUUUACCCUAAACCAUAAUAGUACAGUGUUACCUUUCUCUAAAACACGAAAGAAGGCCCCGUACUGUAUGGCUGCCGUUUUGCAUGCUCCGACCCAACUUUACUAUUUUGUGAUUUAUUUUGUUGUUUAUUUAUGGUCUAUUUUCACGUAAUGUAUCCGCUAUUAUUUCUUACAACCGACAAGAACUCUUGAACAUCAGAUCGGAAAUUACUUACCCCAAUUCCGCCUUCUACUUCGACUCAUCUGCCCUGGGCUUGUGUGUGUGUGUGUGUGUGUGUGAGAGCAGCACUCUUGAAGUCGAAGUGAAAGAUGUGUUUUGACAGAUCGAGGUCUGUUGCUUACAUAAAUAGGCCCUCUCUUUCCUGUCUUCUCAUCUCUCCUUCUCUUUUCAUUUUCUUUCAUCACCUUUCCACUCCUCGCUCCCGCUGACUGCAGUCACCUGAAUAAAAAUGAAAAAUAACUAAAUCAUUGCCAAAGAGGAAACGAGGUUGUGUGUGUUAACCACCAUGUCCCCCUAUAGGAAGAGGAGAUGUUUCGUCCCAACAUGUUCUUCCUCCUGCUCCUGCCGCCCAUCAUCUUCGAAUCAGGAUACUCUCUACAUAAGGUGUGUGUGGUGUGUGUUUUUACGAGCGUGUGUGACUGUGUGUUUUACAUCUGGUUCCUCUUGGUGUACUGUGAUAUUUGGUGCUCAUCUCUCCACCUCCAUGUGUUCUGUUUGCCAGGGUAACUUCUUCCAGAACAUUGGUUCCAUCACACUGUUUGCUGUCAUCGGCACGGCCAUCUCUGCCUUCAUCGUAGGAGGAGGGAUCUACUUCCUGGGACAGGUGAGGCUUCUAGAAGUCUCUAUCCCCCAUUCCACAUAUCUGUUGUAGCUAAUCCACCACCAGGGCUUGACUGAUGAGUAGUUCAUUAGUUUAGUGAGUUGUCUAGUGUUGAACUUUAAUGUAGAAUGUCACAAUGAAAUAGAAUGGCUUGGGGACCCUGGAGACCGGCUUGGAAAUCACUGUUCUAGAAUGAAAUAGAAUGGCUUGGGGAGACCGGUUUGGAAAUCACUGUUCUAGAAUGAAAUAGAAUGGCUUGGGGAGACCGGUUUGGAAAUCACUGUUCUAGAAUUAAAUAGAAUGGCUUGGGGAGACCGGUUUGGAAAUCACUGUUCUAGAAUUAAAUAGAAUGGCUUGGGGUGACCGGUUUCGAAAUCACUGUUCUAGAAUGAAAUGGAAUGGCUUGGGAAGAUCGGUUUGGAAAUCAAUGUUCUAGAAUUAAAUAGAAUGGCUUGGGAAGAUCGGUUUGGACAUCACUGUUCUAGAAUGAAAUAUAAUGGCUUGGGGAGACCGGUUUGGAAAUCACUGUUCUAGAAUUAAAUAGAAUGGCUUGGGGUGACCGGUUUGGAAAUCACUGUUCUAGAAUUAAAUAGAAUGGCUUGGGGAGACCGGUUUGGAAAUCACUGUUCUAUAAUUAAAUUGAUUUGCAAUGAAUUGAUUUGUGUAAAAAAAACGUAUUCAAGAUGUACAAUGUAUUCCCAGAGGAUAGCACUUAAAAGUAUGAAUUAGAACUCAUGUUUCCAAAGGUGUCCUCGACGGUAACAUAUUUUUGGUAACAUUUUUCAUAGGUUACCAAACAUUUCACUGGCAUUGACACAACGAGUGUGAUUGCAUUGUCAGUCCAGGAAUAUGUGUGAGAAACUGAGGAACCUUUCACAAAACAACCACAAAAUAGUAAUGAGCAUGAGCAGUCUUUUGAGACAUGCGGCACUCCUCAGUGUUGCAAACUGUUGUGCAAUGCUGCGUCACUGAACAAAUCCCACCAAAUGGUUUGUAUUGCAUAUGAGUGAUGUUUCCUGUCUCUCUCUCUUUCUCACAGGCCGAUGUGAUCUACAAGAUGAGUAUGACAGACAGGUGAGGAGAUCAGUAUGACUGACAGACAGGUGAGGAGAUCAGUAUGACUGACAGACAGGUGAGGAGAUCAGUAUGACUGACAGACAGGUGAGGAGAUCAGUAUGACUGACAGACAGGUGAGGAGAUCAGUAUGACUGACAGACAGACAGGUGAGGAGAUCAGUAUGACUGACUGACAGACAGACAGGUGAGGAGAUCAGUAUGACUGACAGACAGACAGGUGAGGAGAUCAGUAUGACUGACAGACAGACAGGUGAGGAGAUCAGUAUGACUGACAGACAGACAGGUGAGGAGAUCAGUAUGACUGACAGACAGACAGGUGAGGAGAUCAGUAUGACUGACAGACAGACAGGUGAGGAGAUCAGUAUGACUGACUGACAGACAGACAGGUGAGGAGAUCAGUAUGACUGACAGGUGAGGAGUUUACCUGUGUAGCUACUAGGGUUGGGCGUUAUCCAGAUUUGUAUACCUUCAUACCGUUCCUGUACCAUACCGGGGUAUAUGGUAUUAAUGGCAGUGCACACAAGGGGCUUUAUUUCAAAAAGAUAUACACUGAGUAGACAAAACAUUACGAACACCUGCUCUUUCCAUGACAUAGACUGACCAGGUGAAAGCUGUGAUCCUUAUUGAUGUCACUUGUUAAAUCCAUUUAAAUCAGUGUAGAUGAAGGGGAGGAGACAGGUUAAAGAAUGAUUUUUAAGCCUUGAGACAAUUGAGACAUGGAUUGUGUAUGUGUGCCAUUCAGAGGGUGAAUGGGCAAGACAAAAUAUUUAAGUGCCUUUGAAUGGGGUAUGGUAGUAGGUGCCAGGCGCACAGGUUUGUGUCAAGAACUGCAACGCUGCUGGGUUUUUCAUGCUCUAGUUUCCUGUGUGUAUCAAGAAUGGUCCCAGCAUCCCUGUGGAACGCUUUCAACACCUUGUAUAGUCUCUGCCCAGACAAAUUGAGGCUGUUCUGUGGGCAAAAGGGGGGGCAGCAGGGAUUGAUUAUCUCUGCUGUAACUAAGAAGCUUGAUCUUGCAGGCUAGCCACUUGGCUAUCAAGGUAGCAAACCAAAUGCAUAGCUGGAGCCCUGAGCUGGAUAUAAUUGAUUUGUGAUCAUUUAUCUUAGAUAGUUAACUUGUUAUAAGCAGUGGCGUCCCCUCCCCCAAACCCCGGUAUACGGUAUACCGCCAAAGCCUAGUAGCUACAGUGUUAUCUACUUAACAAUAGUGUAUCCUUUCAUUAAAAAAGCAGAUAUUUUCCUCUCCACACGGACUGAGCAUAUUUCCAGUGCUGAGGAAAGGAGAGGAGGGGAACAGCCUUAGGAUGAGGAAGUGGUGUGUUUGUGGGUUCUCCCAAUGUCUCUGUAGUCAUAUGCUGUGGAGUGUCUGUUGUCAGUAGUCAGUGUGUUUUUGUGAAUCAAUCUCUGCCUUUCUGUGUGUAAGUUUUCCUUGACUAUGUGUGAUCUACCCUUUUCCUACUGUUUUUAACCAUGAUUUAAACAGCCUGUAAAAUAAUUGCAAAUCCAAAGCUUUGUCCAACAAAUUUUUGUCCCACUCUCUCCUGUAGCUUUGCGUUUGGUUCUCUGAUCUCGGCUGUGGACCCCGUAGCAACCAUCGCCAUCUUCAAUGCCCUCAACGUGGACCCUGUCCUCAACAUGCUGGUGUUUGGAGAGAGCAUCCUCAACGACGCGGUCUCCAUCGUACUCACCAAGUACAUCAUCCUCCUACUCAUCCCCUUUUCCCUCAUCCUCCUCUUCCUCCACAUACUGUUUUAUCUAGGCACUACAUUUUAUCAAGGCACUACAUGUGUAUCUUCUGGUAAAGGCCAGUAUAAUGAGUAUACUUCUUAGAGUCAGUGCACUCACCUUCUGUCUCUGUGUUGUACUUGUAAAUGUCAGAUGAGCUGCCAUGCUCCUCUGGGGCCUGGCCAGUCUUCUCCUGACCUUUGACCUUUUGACCUACUCUGCUUUGUCUGUCUGUCUGCUUUAUGCUGAUAGAAAGAACAACAUAAACACAACAAGCUCUGAGGAAAGAGACGGUGACUAUUUCACAGCCUAACAGAGGCAUGCAGAGUGACAUUACUGACACACCUACAGCCUAACCAUCAGAAACAUGGCAGAAUGACAAGACAAUGUCUCAUCUGUUGCCAAGCCUUUCUUUUCACCUACACAACAUGACCAAAAGUAUGUGGACACCUGCUCGUUGAACAUCUCAUUCCAAAAUCAUGGGCCUUAAUAUGGAGUUGGUCCUCCCUUUGCUGCUAUAACAACCUCCACUCUUCUGGGAAGGCUUUCCACUAGAUGUUGGAACAUUGCUGCGGGGACUUGCUUCCAUUCAGCCACAAGAGCAUUAGUGAGGUCGGGCACUGAUGUUGGGCGAUUAGGCCUGGCUUGCAGUCGGCGUUCCAAUUCAUCCCAAAAGUCUUCGAUGGGGUUGAGGUCAUAGCUCUGUGCAGGCCAGUCAAGUUCUUCCACACCGAUCUUGACAAACCAUUUCAGGUAUGGACCUUGCUUUGUGCUCGGGGGCAUUGUCAUGCUGAAACAGGAAAGGGCCUUCCCCAAACUGUUGCCAUAAAGUUUGAAGCACAGGAUUGUCUAGAUUGUCAUUGUAUGCUGUAGCGUUAACAUUUCCCUUCACUGGAACAAAGGGGCCUAGCCCAAACCAUGAAAAACUGCCUUUCCUCCACCAAACUUGGCACUAUGCAUUGGGGCAAGUAGCGUUCUCCCGGCAUCCGCCAAACCCAUAUUUGUCUGUCGGACUGCCAGAUGGUGAAGAUUGCUUCAGAGAACGUGUUUCCACUGCUCCAGAGUCCAAUGGCAGCGAGCUUUACACCACUGCAACAUACACUUGGCAUUGCGCAUGGUGAUCUUUGGCUUGUGUGCAGCUGCUCGGCCAUGGAAACCCAUUUCAUGAAGCUCCUGACGAACAGUUCUUGUGCUGACGUUGCUUCCAGAGGUAGUUUGGAACUUGGUAGUGAGUGUUGCAACCGUGGACAGACUAUUUUUACGCGCUUCAGCACUCGGCGGUCCCGUUCUGUGAGCUUUUGUGGCCUACCACUUCGCGGCUGAGCCAUUGUUGCUCUUAGAUGUUUCCACUUCACAAUAACAGCGCUUACAGUUGACCGGGGCAGCUCUAGCAGGGCAGAAGUUUGACCAACUGACUUAUUGGAAAGGUGGCAUCCUAUGAUGGUGCCAUAUUGAAAGUCACUGAGCUCUUCAGUAAAGCCAUUCUACUGCCAAUCUCUGUCUCUGUCUGUCUGUCACUACCAUGGUGCUCUCACGUGUUGCCUCGCCCGUAUAAAUUAAAUUAACCCAUGCACAGUUGGCCGCUGAUGGCGGGUGUUACCAACUUAUGGGAACACCUUCCUAGAGAGCAGCAGACCGCUCCUUGACUCUCUCACAUUACCACCAUGUGACUGACACCUAGCCGUAACGUGCUAAGUAGCCAUGCUAGCCAGAAAUGGUAGUAAUUGCACUAGCUGUAAAAACACGUGCCACUGCCAGAUCAUUAGCACUAUUUGGUGGUAUCAAUGAUUGAAUACUCUGGCUGCUAUUUGAUCUAGCCUGGUUACCUCUUCUGUUCUCUAUUGUUCCUCAAGCAAGGGGGGAGGGGGAUGACAUCACGGAUUAACAUCAGAGCAACACCUUGAAUGCCCUACUACUUGAAGUUUGCAGUUGUCUUAAAAACACUAUUUUGCUCAACAUAUUUUUUUUUACACUUUACUGUGUGUACUUUACUGUAUUUAUACUUGGAAUAUUGCAUUUCAACAGUAAAAGUUCAAAAAUUGCUGAAGGACAUCUUUAAGAGUGCUUGAGCCACACUGGAGUGCCAGACCCUGAGAUCAAACAAUAACAUCCUUUGCUAAAAACAAAACUACCAAACUACUUGGGUGCCCUUUCUGUAACCACCUGCCACUAAUGGGUUGAAACAGACCAAACACGCUCCAGUAGCCAAGGUCCCAAUCUGUUUCUGUUCUGUUUCACUUGACUAGGACAGAGGAAGAGACUGGGACAGAGACAGACGACUGUUUUAUUUUAACCCAUUAGUGACAGGUUCGUAGUGCUGGAGCGAUUAACCGAAAUGUAGGUAAUUUUUUUGACUUUGGUUCAAUUAUUUCAAUUCAGUUUUUUUCCCUCUAGAGAAAUAGAGCAAAGUGCGCAUUGAGCUCAGAGAUAAAUCAGAUCAAGCCUGAACUGUGCGAUGUAGAAGGGAGUUGUAGUUUCCAACAGUCCAAUAUUCUACUUAGUUUAGUGCAGAAAACGUGUUAAUUGACUACAAUGACCAUUAUCCAUUGCGUGACCAACUUUGUCUGGUCUGUGUGGUUCUUUUUAUGCCUACUACAUUAGGUUAUAGCUUCGUGUGUUGCAGACACUGAGAGGUAAGAGACAGAAGAGGGAUAGAGAGCAGUUGCUACUGUAUUUCUACCUGAAAAUACAUGAUCUAAGAGUGAUUGAUAGUUGGUAUUCAGCAGUCAUAAAAAUAUGCCUUAUUUACAAAAUAGGGAUUUUAUCAGACAGCAUAGGCAGCAGCUCUGUAGAGAUGAGAUGAUGACUUGGAAUGAAACAUCAAAUAAAACAAUUGUAAUAUAAACCUGAAAUAUUUUGGUAAAGUAAUGUGAAUAAAUAAUGGUUAAUAAGUGAUAAGCAGUAAUUGGCAGUCACUUCCAUCACAGGACUUUUAUUCAUUGUUUUAUUCUGUGGGACAGCAUUCAACCCAUAUAAUGCAUAGUGCAUUACAUGUUUUUAUUUUUUUAGUAUCGAAAUCCGUGAUUUAUUGUUUUAUGAUCUAACUAAAACCGAACCGACCUCAAAAAGCACUAAUCGCUCAGUACUACAGGUUAGUUUUAUAGUUCUUAGUAAAUGUCCUUGUUUGAUUGAAGGAACUGGGCCUAUUGUAUUCAGACAUCAGAUAUACUGUGUCCCUUGUGUCAUCUUUGACUGACUAUGUUACAGGGAAAUACUUUUUAAUUUUUUUAACUAGGCAAGUCAGUUAAGAACAAAUUCUUAUUUACAAUGACGGCCUACACCGGCCAAACCUGGACAAUGCUGGGCCAAUUAUGCGCCGCCCUAUGGAAUCGAACCAGGGGGUCUGUAGUGACGCCUCAAGCACUGAGAUGCAGUGCCUUGGACUGCUGCGCCACUCAGGAGCCCCGUGAUGUCAUCCCCCUCCCCCCUUGCUUGAGGAACAAUAGAGACUUGUCAUGUCUCCAAUGUGUACAGAGCAAUCUGAUAACCCUGUGUUGGGAGAACAGGUUCUCACACAGACGGGCAGGAAGACACACACACACACAUACACUUAUGCACAUUGCAAAUAGUAGAUUGAGAGAAGGUUAAACAUUUUUUUUAGUGAUGCAACGUCACUGCCCUCUUGUGUGACAUCAUAUUAGUGCAUGUUGGAUGAAUUACUCUAUGGCCUUCUGGCAAAAUGAAAAGCAUACACACUUGCAGGCUGAAUCUUUUAGUUCAAAUUGGUUACAUAUUCCCUCCCCAAGGUAAUCUAUUAUAAUGUAUUAUAUUUCCCAAGUAAUUAUUGACUUACAUAAAACCAUAUUAAAUACUCUAUGCCUAAAAUCACACUGAUGUAUUCUUUUCCCUCUUUAUCUCAUUGUGUCAUUCAGUACGGCGGAGGGUUUUGCCCGGGAUGAUAACGCCAUGGUAACGGGCUGGGAGACGUUCCUCCAGGCGUUGGGAUACUUCCUCAAGAUGUUCUUCGGUUCCGCUGCCCUCGGAACCCUCACUGGACUCAUAUCUGCCAUCGUAUCCUCUCUGUGUGUGUGUGUGUGUGAUUGAGUGUUUUGGGUAGUAUGUUGAUAAUAUUUCCAUUUAACAUCUUCAUACACCUUGUAAACACGAGCCUGUUACAGUUUUACCCUUAACCCUUGACCCCUGUGCCAGUUCCUGAAACACUUUGACCUGAGGAAGACUCCGUCUUUAGAGUUUGGCAUGAUGAUCAUCUUUGCCUACCUGCCCUACGGCCUGGCAGAGGGCAUCAAACUCUCUGGUGAGUCCUCUCAUGUCAGUGUAUACGCACGCACACAAUGAAAUGUCAUUCAUUUUUCUACGCAAUUGCUACCGUCUCGUUCACCCCCCCCCUAUCUCUCUGUGCAGGUAUCAUGUCUAUCCUGUUUUCAGGGAUUGUGAUGUCACACUACACCCAUCACAACCUGUCUCCUGUCACUCAGAUCCUGAUGCAGCAGACCCUCCGCUCGGUGGCCUUCAUGUGUGGUCAGCACUCCUCUUUCUGCCUCACCAGUCCUUUCCCCCAUAUCCUGUUGUAAAAAACAAUGACUUGUGUUAUUUAUUUUUAUUUAUUUAACCAGGUAAGACCCAUUAAGGUUAAAAAAAAAUAUUACAAAAAAAUACAAAAUACACACAAAAGACAAAGCGUCACAAGUUUAUGUUUUCUUCUCAACAGAGACGUGUGUGUUUGCCUUCCUGGGUCUCUCCAUCUUCAGCUUCCCUCACAAGUUUGAGCUUUCCUUCGUCAUCUGGUGUAUAGUAAGUACUCCCAACUGUAGUGACCAGGUAUAGCCUGGCAUUACUUACCAACCUGUAGUGACCAGGUAUAGCCUGGCAUUACUUACCAACCUGUAGUGACCAGGUAUAGCCUGGCAUUACUUACCAACCUGUAGUGACCAGGUAUAGCCUAUCAUUACUUACCAACCUGUAGUGACCAGAUAUACAUUACCAGUCAAAAGUUUGGACACACUUACUCAUUCCAGGGUUUUUCUUUAUUUUUUACUAUUUUCUACAUUGUAGACUAAUAGUGAAGACAUCAAAACUAUAAAAUAACACCUAUGGAAUCAUGUAGUAAACUAAAAAGUGUUAAACAAAUCAAAAUAUAUUUUAUAUUGGAGAUUCUUCAAAUAGCCACCCUUUGCCUUGAUGACAGCUUUUCACACUCUUGGCAUUCUCUCAACCAGCUUCACCUGGAAUGCUUUUCCUUCACUCUGCGGUCCGACUCAUCCCAAACCAUCUCAAUUGGGUUGAGGUCGGGGGAUUGUGGAGGCCAGGGCAUCUGAUGCAGCACUCCAUCACUCUCCUUCUUGGUAAAAUAGCCCUUACACAGCCAGGAGGUGUGUUGAGUCAUUGUCCUGUUGAAAAACAAAUGAUAGUCCCACUAAGUCAAAACCAGAUGGCGUAUCACUGCAGAAUGCUGUGGUAGCCAUGCUGGUUAAGUGUGCCUUGAAUUCUAAAUAAAUCACAGACAGUGUCACCAACAAAGCACCCCCACACCAUAACACCUCCUCCUCCAUGCUUUACGGUGGGAAAUACACAUGCGGAGAUCAUCCGUUCACCCACACCGCGUCUCACAAAGCCACAGCGAUUGGAACUAAAAAUCUCACAUUUGGAGACCAGACCAAAGGACACAUUUCCACCGGUCCUAUUGUCUAUUGCCCGUGUUUCUUGGCCCAAGCAAGUCUCUUCUUAUUAUUGGUGUCCUUUAGUAGUGGUUUCUUUGCAGCAAUUCGACCAUGAAGGUCUCCUCUGAACAGUUGAUGUUGAGAUGUGUCUGUUACUUGAACUCUGUGAAGCAUUUAUUUAGGCUGCAAUUUCUGAGGCUGGUAACUCUAAUGAACUUAUCCUCUGCAGCAGAGGUAACUCUGCGUCUUCCAUUCCUGUGGUGGUCCUCAUGAGAGCCAGUUUCAUCAUAGCGCUUGAUGGUUUUUGCGACUGCACUUGAAGAAACUUUCAAAGUUCUUGAAAUUUUCUGGAUUGACUGACCUUCAUGUCUUAAAGUAAUGAUGUUGUUUCUCUUUGCUUAUUUGAGGUGUUCUUGCCAUAAUAUGGACUUGGUCUUUUACCAAAUAAGGCUAUCUUCUGUAUACCCCCUACCUUGUCACAACACAACUGAUUGGCUCAAACGCAUUAAGAAGGAACAGAUUAACUUUUAAGAGAGCACACCUGUUUAAGCACACCUAUUUAAAUGCAUUCUCAUGAAGCUCGUUGAGAGAAUGCCAAGAGUGUGCAAAGCUGUCAUCAAGGCAAACGGUGGCUAUUUGAAGAAUCUCAUAUAUAAAAUAUAAUUUGAUUUGUUUAACACUUUUUUGGUUACUACAUGAUUCCAUAGGUGUUAUUUCAUAGUUUUGAUGUCUUCACUAUUAUUCUACAAUGUAAAAAUAAAGAGAAACCCAUGAAUGAGUAGUUGUGUCCAAACUUUUGACUGGCAGUGUAUCCUAGCAUUACUACCAACUUGUAGUGACCAGGUAUAGCCUAGCAAUGUUCCCUCUAAGAUGCUCCCCGGGACUGCCGAGCAGAAAUAUCAGCGCGCGCAGAGAAGCACGAGAUUGAACUUCACUCAACUUUCUAGAGUUUUCCCCGUUAGUUAACACUAUCAACAUUUCCCUUUACUGUGGGAAUUGUUAUUGAAUCAACACAAUAUUAGCCACUUUCAAUGCAACAUACCGAAACGAACUAUGCAAGACUUAAGUGUGCAAAAAUAACUAUGCAAGAGAUUUUGUUGUAGGCAGAAUGCAUCAGAGUAGGAUUUUAUUGCAUUGACAGGCACGACUCAGGCCCGGUGCGCCAUAACCAAUCAGAGCUGCAGUAGGCCUAUAUGCAGACCAUUGCCAUAUAUGGAUCUGUGCCAUUCACUUUGAACUGGACUGUUUUUACAGCAUGAGUGAUAGUGAGUAGAUGCACUUGUUUUGAGAUCAAAGCGAGAGCUACUUGUAGGGACGUGUGCACAUUUGUGCAUUUGUUCAUAUCCUUUGCUCGUUAGUGAGUUAUUAGCCCAGUUACAGAUAAUUUGUAGUCAGCAAAAAGGGAAGUUAUUGCUUCGUACAAGAGCACAAAACGUGUGCUUUUCUAGACAUCUUUGAAAAGUGAGUUAGGUAAAGAGCUUUAUUUUGUCUUAAAGGGGCAGUGUUUUAUUUUGAGACAGGCUUGAAUAAGCUAAGUAGCCAAUAGGCAGAGGGUAGCAUAAUUUGUCUGAUUCUCUGUAAUAAUGGUAUGGGAAAAAUGAUGUAUUUUAUUUUGUAAAGUGGUUUCUUGCAUCAUUUUCAGUCACAUCCUUGUCUGAAGGACAAGUGGGUGAACAGGUUAAUGUCAAGCCCUGCAUGUUUUUUUCAAAAGUCUCAUGGAAUGUAUGUAGGCCUACAUUGAACUGCACACAUUGGCUGCUACUGUAGGCUGAACAAUAGAACAGCUAUUUCCAUGUUAAAUGUUAUGGGAUGCAUUUUCUCCAUUGUUUUUGAUGGUAGGCCACUCUGGUAGGCCGACAUUAUGAUCAAAUAGCCACAGGAGCCUACUUGGCAACUGUUUAAAACUAAUUUAAAGCGGGUACAGCCUCAGUGUUUGCAGUAAACACGUGCCGGAAGUUGCACAGAAUGUUCACAACUUUCAAGUUUGCACUCAGCAGACCUGAAAUUUGCUCAGUGAUGAGGGAACAUUGCCACCUAGCAUUAGCAUUCUAUACUACACUACAACGGGUUGAGCCGAGAGUUAGGGUAGGUUUAGGGUUGAGCCGAGAUGUGGACAUAAGGGUAGGGUUAGGGUUGAACCAGGAUGUGGACAUGAAGUUAGGGUUAGGGGUAGAGGUUAGGGUUAGUGGUAGAGGUUAGGGUUUAACCAGGAUGUAGACAUGAAGCUAGGGUUAGGGGUAGAGGUUAGGGUUUUUCCAGGAUGUAGACAUGAAGUUAGGGUUAGGGGUAGAGGUUAGGGUUUAACCAGGAUGUGGACAUGAAGUUAGGGUUAGGGGUAGAGGUUAGGGUUUUUCCAGGAUGUAGACAUGAAGCUAGGGUUAGGGGUAGAGGUUAGGGUUUAACCAGGAUGUAGACAUGAAGCUAGGGUUAGGGGUAGAGGUUAGGGUUUAACCAGGAUGUGGACAUGAAGCUAGGGUUAGGGGUAGAGAUUAGGGUUUAACCAGGAUAUAGACAUGAAGCUAGGGUUAGUGGGUAGAGAUUAGGGUUUAACCAGGAUGUAGACAUGAAGCUAAGGUUAGGGGUAGAGGUUACUGUUUGUUCUGAGCUUUGUAUUCUACCUCUCUCCAGGUGCUGGUGUUAGUAGGUCGGGCCGUGAAUAUUUUCCCUCUCUCCUUCCUGCUCAACUUCUUCAGAGACCACAAGAUCACACCCAAGAUGAUGUUCAUCAUGUGGUUCAGUGGUAAGUAGAGCAUUUCUCCACUACUCUAAUACACCUCUGUCGGUUUGGCUCUACUGUCCAUCCCUCACUCCUCUCCUCUGUUAGGUCUGAGAGGUGCCAUCCCCUAUGCCCUGAGCCUUCAUCUUGGACUAGAGCCCAUAGAGAAGCGCCAGUUGAUUGGCACCACCACCAUCAUCAUUGUCCUCUUCACCAUCCUCCUCCUUGGCAGCGGGACCAUGCCCCUCAUCCGCAUCAUGGACAACGAGGAGAGCCAAUCCCGACGCAAGAGCAAGAAGGACAUCAACCUCAGCAAGACGGAGAAAAUGGUAAAAAACCUGGCAGUGAUUUACCCUAGUUCAUGUAGACAUACACAAGCAGACCGAUGUUAAUGAACACACGCUAGCACUCUCUUUCUGGUAAAGAGGUUUCUUGUGGUGUUGCCUCUCCUCUCGUAUGGUGUCAGUCCCUUCCUGUUGUCUCUGUAUUGGUGUUGCCUCUCCUCUCGUAUGGUGUCAGUCCCUUCCUGUUGUCUCUGUAUUGGUGUUGCCUCUCCUCUCGUAUGGUGUCAGUCCCUUCCUGUUGUCUCUGUAUUGGUGUUGCCUCUCCUCUCGUAUGGUGUCAGUCCCUUCCUGUUGUCUCUGUAUUGGUGUUGCCUCUCCUCUCGUAUGGUGUCAGUCCCUUCCUGUUGUCUCUGUAUUGGUGUUGCCUCUCCUCUCGUAUGGUGUCAGUCCCUUCCUGUUGUCUCUGUAUUGGUGUUGCCUCUCCUCUCGUAUGGUGUCAGUCCCUUCCUGUUGUCUCUGUAUUGGUGUUGCCUCUCCUCUCGUAUGGUGUCAGUCCCUUCCUGUUGUCUCAGUGUUGUUGUGUUGCCUCUCCUCUCGUAUGGCGUUAGUCCCUUCCUGUUGUCUCAGUGAGAAGAACACUUCAAAGGCCUUACUCACGCAAGCAUCAGUCACAUGAGACCAGGAGACGAAGCCGAUCACAAACAGUAGAAAUAUUUCAUCAGCCUUUCUCCCUCCCUCAUUCGCGCUCUCUUUCUCACUAGUUCAUUCAUCCCUCUGCUUUUCCCCUCUCUUUCUUGGUAUCUGUUCCCUCUCCCUCCCUUUAUCUCUCCCUCCCUACCUCCCCACCCUUCUCAUCCCUCCCUCCCUUCUCCCUCCUCCCUCCUCCUCCCUCCCCCUGUCCCCAGGGUAAUGCCCUAGAGUUGGAGCACCUGUCUGAGUUGACAGAGGAGGAGUAUGAGGCUCAGAUCUACCAGAGGCAGGACCUGAAGGGCUUCAUGUGGCUGGAUGCCAAAUACCUCAACCCCUUCUUCACACGACGACUCACACAGGAGGUAAGGGCCAUGUCAGAGUUUGUGUCCCUCAUUCUUAAACAGCAAGUGUGUGUGUGACAUGUAAUCCCACCUUGGUUUUAGCUGUGCCACGCUCCCUGACACCAUGUUUAAUUGGUGUAUACACAUGCAUGCACAUAUGUUCAUAUUUGAUUCAUAAGCACCCAGUCAUAUUAGUUUGAAAGAUGCAUACAUCUCCCUUGUUCUCCACUCCCUUGAAUUUCUCAGCUGUAUUCCGUUGCUGUGAGUUUGAGUGUCUGUGCAUUUUCUUUCUGUGCGUUUGUGUUUGUGUUUGUGUGUGUGUGUGUGUGUGUGUGUGUGUGUGUGUGUUUUCUCUGUGUGUGUUCCAGGACCUCCUGCAUGGUCGGAUCCAGAUGAAAACUUUGACCAAUAAGUGGUACGAGGAGGUCCGACAGGGCCCGUCUGGUUCUGAGGACUAUGAAGACGAGAUUGAGCUACUCUGAACCCAACACACACACCUGAGUGUCGAUGAAUGGGCGGAAGAUGAACAGGGCGUGUGUCCUGGAUUCAGAGUGUGUAUGAAAGGACAGGAGACCGCAGAGAGGAACGCUUGUGGAGGAAUACCACUUGUUUCUGUUUCUUCUGUGCGUUUCUCACCUGUGUGUUCUUGACCACUAAUGACUAUUGUCAUUCUCUGUGGACUAUACCACUCUGCAGCCCACCUCCCCCACCUCACACCACUACCACUCCCCUACACCAUUUGAUUUGAGCCAAUCGAAAAUGCACUGUCUGUGAUGUCUGACAAACCGGGUGAAGCUGGGAACUGGCAAUCACACGUGAAUUUGCCAUUAUACCAUGUAAUGAUACUGAAAUUGAUGUGACCAUAAGGCUUUUCCAAGUGCCAACAUGUUACUACUCAGCUGUACACAGUAACUACAGAUAAGGUGCAUUGAACAUUGAUUGAAUCGUGGCCUAAGGAUAGUGGCCAAAUUCUGACCCUUGUGUGUGUAUGUAGUUACAUGAAAUUUUACCAAGAAAACAGAAUCCAUGUAACUACAUUUUAUUUGACAGAGGUUUGGAGGACUAGGGUUACAAAAGCGGGUUGAAGGGAAUCAAAAAGGAACUCCUGUGAAGAGAGAGAGAAGCCUCUCUAGCAAAGCAAUAUUACAACACUUUUUUUAUUGUUUAGUUCACCUUUCAAUGUGCUUUUACAUAUGCUGAUAACACAAUUUGAAUGUAUGCUUUAUAAACUGCUUAUAAGCAUUAUUGCAAUAAUUAUUUUAUUUUUUCAUAUGUAUGAUACCAGGUAAUAUUACUAUAUAACAUGAUUUAUAUAGUUAUAAUAAUAAUUUGAUUAUAAUAGUAAUAGUAGUUGAUCAACAGUUUAUAAGCAGGCUUUUUAAUAAGGAGAUAUCAGUGUAUUUCUUCAUGUGAAUCACUUUAUGAUGGAGACAAGGCACCAAUGAAUGUCUGGGUGAUGGGGGGGGUGGAGGUCUUGUGAAGUGUAUAUUUAUUUAUCUUUUAUAUUUAUUGGUUGAUCUAAUUUUAUUUGUUGCUGGGAUGAAGGCUUUUCUACAAACUCUUGUUCCACUGGGCAUUGCUGAAUAACACAUAAUGAAGAUAGAAAGUGGUAUUUUUCAUUUGAAAGAAUGUGAAUUAAAUUGGCUUAAAGUUAUACAUAAUACAGACAUGGGUUGUCAUGUAUGAUUCAUUCUUGUGUUUAAUUAUUGCACACACCUAUCCAACCCUCUCAGAU